AUGUUUGCCUCCAUUCAGAAGCUCGCCAUUCUGGCUCUCUUCUUCGGUCUUUCCGCUGCUGCACCGGCUCCUGCCACAGCUUCUGAUGCUAUACCCCAAGUUUCCACCGAAGCUUUGACGGCCUUCGGCCUCACUGAGGAUAUGGUCACCGCCGCCAACAUCACCAGCCGCGACGUUCUUGAAGCUCGCACCGUCCUCGCAGCUCGCGUCGCUUCGUGCGAUCCUCCAUUCAUGCCCCACGACGCCACUUACGGUGCAUGCGCCCUUCCUUUGGUCGAGGCGGCCCGCGAGGGGAACACCAUUUACAUGCUAGUUCUAGCAGAAUACUUAACCAAGCAUAUGGCUUGCCCAACGGAUGGCAUUUGGGGCGGGGCUGCGCGUCCAGUCACCAAAAUCCUUGCUCAUCGCUGUGGGGGCCCAGGCCCGGAGUAUGUUGAUCAGGGAGCGCAAGGGUGGUCUAUCAAUAGUUCUUUCAACGAGGAGCCUUGUCUUCCAGGUGACAAAUGCGCUUAG